GGGGCGCGGCCGAAGCGGAAGGGGCGGGGCAGGUACUUGGCGUUCUCGGGCUCCGGGGAGGGGUGGGUGCGUGAAGCCGCUGGCCUCGCCCCUGGGUGGCGGGGGUGUUUGCGGCAGAGCGCGCGGGGCUUGCCUGGCCUGACUCGCCCGCCAGGAUGGGCGGGCCCUGGCGGCUCCUGCGCGCCCUGCGGCUCCGGCUCCUCGGGCCAGAGAAGCAGCAUGUGGGCAGCGACCAGUUUGGAAACAAAUACUACAAGAUCCCCAAACACCAAACCUGGGCUGGACAGACCAUUCCAGAGAAAAGAAUAAUAGAAGCUGUAAAUCAAGAGGAGUAUAAGUAUGAAGUGGGCGACUUGCCAACAGAAUGGGAAGCUUGGAUUCGAAAAAGAAGAAAGGAUCCACCCACAAUGGAGGAAAUUCUUAAGAAUGAAAUCUAUAGAGAAGAAAUAAAACGGAAAAUCACAGAUGCUUCUGAAAAGGACAGCCUCCUUCAAACCAAGGAAUAUGAGGGACUUGCUGCUGAACCAGUUCAAACUCAAAUUAAAGGCCAUGCAUCAUCCCCUUACUAUGGAAAGAAUGAGCCUUCACCAGACCCAUCCAGCACUGCAAAAACCUUUCAGCCAGGUUCCUGGAUCCCACCAGCUAGCAGUAGCCGUAAUAAAUAAACAGUUGUAAUGUGAAAAAUCUUGCCAGUGAAUUGUGUAGAAAAUUGCUCUAACAAGCAACAUGACUGAAGAAAACUCUUUUUCACUUACCGUGUGAGAGAAAUAAACUGAUAUGUUAAAGUUAAUUUUCAUUUGUUUUUACAAGCUAGAUCUUAGAAAUCAUUUGAAUUCUUAGUUAUUACUGUGACUAAUUAGUAAAUCUUAGUAUAAAACUAUUGCUAAUUAAUUUUUUUUUAAAGUAAUUGUUAAUCUGUUAUUCUUGAGCUCAUUCUGUUUAGUUCAUUGAGGUAGGAAAAUGUCACAAUACACUUUCUUUUGACAGGCAUUUUCCUUAAAGGUAACUAUUUUUUUUAAAAAUUAUAACUAUAAUCUGGUCAUCAACAUAAUGGAUUUCACAUAGCUUAUUUGUAGACAUGAGGCUUAUAAAUGACCUUUUGCAUUAUCAAAUCUAGAUUUUUUUUGCUUAAUCAUCAUGUAUUUCUAUGGAAUCCCAAAGAGUUCCCUGCCUAUUGUUGCCUUUUAAUGUGGUCAGUGCUGUUGGCUCCCUUAGGUGACUGUAGGGUCUGUUUGACCUUAUUAACAUAAAGCACUUCAAAAAUAUAGAGAGACUACAUUCUUUGUUAAUUUUAGGGGACUAUAACAUGUAACUGUAUUAAUAGAUGGUAAAAUCAACAGUUAAAGUGUGUCUUGCUGGCCAUCUGUAAGUAGUCUAAAGUGCUAUAUGGAAUCAGUCUGAGUCAAAUAAGAGCAGUGUGUGGAAGCACUUUCUCAUUUUCCAGGAAUUUAAGACCUCCUAGGUCAGGGGUUCUCAAACUGGGGGUCAGGACCCCUCAGGGGGUUGCGAGGUUAUUACAUGGGGAUCGCAAGCUGUCAGUCUCCACCCAAAAGCCACUUUGCCUCCAGCAUUUAUAAUGGUGUUAAAUAUACAAAAAAAGUGUUUUUAAUUUAUAAGGGGCGUCACACUCAGAGGCUUGCUAUGUGAAAGGGGUCACCAGUACAAAAGUUUGAGAACCACUGUCCUAGGCAGUGUCUACACCAAUAAAAUUCUUAUCAGGAUUACAGGAAGGGCCAGUAAUGGUGCAGCUGCAUUAGUGAUAAGAAAAGUGUAAACUAGGGCGGAGAGGGCACAGACUUUGUCCUCUUUCCCCUUUCCCUCCCUCCCCCUCCCCCUCCCCCCCAGCUAUUAAAACCUGCUCUGUACAAGUUUUCAUGACUUAAUGAUAAAAGCACCUGAGCUCCAGGUUAGUGACUUAGCAUAUCUGAUUGAUAGCAAUGGAGAGUGCUAUGGCUAGGUCUCCCAAAAAGCUGUGACCCCCAGGCCCUAAAUUCUGUGCUGAAGGUGUCAGACUUGUAACAGCUUCAGUAACAAAAAAGAAACAUGACUAUUAAAAUAUAAAGUUUCAGACAAUACUCCUUGUUUUGAUAUUCAACUGUGGACAUCUCAGUGUUGGAAUGUCUUUCAAAUGUGCAUUACCCCCAAACUGUUUAAUUUGCAAUAGGAUUUGAUUUGGAUAAUACACAACUUCUUUACAGAAGUUGUCAGACAGGAAGAGCUGGAGGCUUUGGCUCCUGUGCAAGGGUCAGUUAAGGUUUCAGGCCUUUGAGAGGCAGCUGAAGCUUUUAGCAGCUGAAGAAAAGAUUCAUCUCUUUUUUCCUAUCCAUAUACAUGAUUUGACAUUUUGAUCUUUUAACACUUACUGUCACUAGUUUUCAGAGUUAGCUCUACCCUGGCAAGGAAUGGAUUAGAUGUUUGUAUCCUAAGAACUUCACUGGUUUAUGUUAGUUUAGAAGAUUGUAACUAUAGAUUAUGAAGGCAAACAUGAUUUUUAAUGACGUUUAGAUUCUUUUGUUAAAUCAAUUUUAUGGCUAUGGAAUUGGAAAGAAAUUUAAAGGGCCAGAGAUAUAUUACCACCCCACCACAUUCCCAAACAAUUUUAGGAAUAGUACUGAAUGGAGACUGACGUGGAGACUGACCACUAUAAAAGAUUUUAUAUGAUAAA